AUGGCUUUCCCAUUUCGCGUUGUCGAACACGUGGUGCCGUGUCAGCACAUUCGCGAAUACCCCGGAGCUACGGCCGACAGCCAGGAAGAUGUUCUACAGCUUGCAGUAAAACAGUAUAUUCCACUGGACAAUGAAAACCCACAGCCCGGAGACGUCACAAUCCUUGCUGCACAUGCGAAUGGGUUUCCCAAGGAACUCUAUGAGCCUCUUUGGGAGGAAAUACACGCCCGGUCCAAAGACUCUGGCUUCCGCAUCAGAAGCAUCUGGAUGGCUGAUGUCGCUCACCAGGGCGAGAGCAGCGUGUUGAAUGAACACGCUCUCGGCAACGACCCAAGCUGGUUCGACCACCCCCGCGAUCUCCUCCAUCUUGUCAAUGUCAAGCGAGCUGAGAUGCCACGGCCGAUCGUCGGACUCGGGCACAGCUUUGGCGGCGCGCAGCUUACACAAUUAAGCUUAAUGCAUCCACGGCUUCUCCACACGCUAGUCCUGCUAGACCCUGUGAUCCAACCCCAGCCAACAACGCUCGACGACGCAUGGGACCCCCGUGUUCUCAAGCAGUGGGUGAAAUACGGUCUCCGCGACCUCCCAACCGCUCUCCACCCCCUCGACGAUAAAACCAAGAUCGACCCUGCCAACCCGCCCGUCACCCUGCGCACCCCCCUCCAUCAGGAAGUCUUUACCUUCUCUCGGCCAAACUACACGAACAUUCCGGGGAAUGGGAAACCCGUCAACCGUGUCACGCACCCAGACCUGGAACUUACAUCCUUCUCCUACCCAUUCUACCGCCCCGAGCCAACGCGCAUAUUCCACCAGCUUCCGUUCGUGCGCCCCAGUGUGCUUUACAUUUUCGGAGGCAAAUCGGAUCUAAGUUUACCGCAGAAGCGCGCCGAUAAGCUCGCCAACACUGGCACAGGGGUUGGUGGGAGCGGUGGGGUAGCAGCGGGUCGGGUCCGGGAGGUUCUCUUACAAGACUUUGGCCAUUUGCUUGCCCAAGAGGCAGUGACUGAGUGUGCGGAUGCAGCGGCUUCUUGGAUAGGGCCAGAGCUGCGGCGCUGGAAGGAUGAGAAUGAGAGUUUCCGGGCUGAGUGGGAUAAGAAGACGAAGAGGGAGAAGAUGGCUAUUGAUGCGGAUUGGUUGAAGCAUGUCCCUGCGCCAGCACGACGACCUCAAAAUGGGAAUGGGUCUCCGUCGAAGCUGUAA